CAUUCUCUUGAAACAAACUAAAAAGGAAAUAGGGACAUCCUUUUUUGACGACAAGGAAAAUCCGCAGCCGCUACCCUUUUGGGCGCGCCUUGAAACGGAGGGAGUAACUUUAUUUAGACUUUUAGACUAACAUCUAUUUGAAAUGCAACAAAAUUUUAGUGCCAAAAUCAAGGGGACAAAUUAAUCGGAAAUCUAACAAUUAGAUACUACAACAUACCCAGUGUAAUCCCAAAAGUGGGGUUGGGAUAGGGUAGAGUGUAGGGAGACCUUAUCCCUAUCUCGUAGAGAGAGGGAGGUUGUUUAGUGUGCUCAUUAGAUGAACUGGGCAAAAUAAACUGGCAAACAGUUACAUGCAUAUCAAGAUCUAUGUUUAUGCAUAUGGGCAUUUGUCGAGGAAGUGCUAUGUUUUUUCACUCUGACUUGCAUUGCAGCUUUGAGCAAAAUCGAUCUGAGAACUCCCAAAUUGAUGCCCUUUGUGCAUUCGAUGAUAAUUUUUUUUGCCCGUUUGUGACUAAUUUUGUGCUUUAUUUUUUGAUCCCACGGGGAUCUGAUGCUCCUUGAGUUUGCAUAUGUUUGAGAUAUAUGCAUUUUACCUUUUGAUAUCAAUAAAUCACUCCACUAGGUCUUAAUUCCAAAGCUGGGACAGUUAGAGGAAUCAUUUAUAUCCAUUUUGGACCAAUGUUGUAAGUUUUGGUAGAGGACGUAAAAUAGGGAGGGGUGAAAGAUGUGGGAGUUUUGGUUGACUAGCAUUGCUCUAUCAGUCGAUUAGAUGUAUUUCUGUUUUAUAUAUCCAUAGAUGCUUUGGCCCUGAAAUACAGAAUAAAAGUUAGGCUUACGAAGAAACCAUUGAAGAUUUUGCUACCCUUGAAGGGUUUGUCAGCCUUGCUUCUGUUGCAUAUGUAAUAACCCAGUUCUUCGUAAAUCAUUUAUCAGAUAAAUAUUGUAUCCACAAAAUUUUUAACUUACAGAAGCAAUGUGGUCAGACUACAUUAGUGUAACAUGGUUACUGAACCUAGUUACAAAAUACAAAGAUGAAAAUCAUCAAUUACAUACUUUAACCCUUCACUGAUUCUUUAGUUGGCAAUAUUGUAGUUAAAGCAUGAGAAGUUGACUUAUUUACUUUUUUUGUGGUUAUGAAUUAAGAUUUUGAGUUGUUUUGUAAUUUGAGCAAUGCAUUGGGAAAAUGUCUUUCUGUAGUUUCUCAACUUCUAAUAUCACAUGAAGUCAUGAACAGAACAAUUUUCCAAAAAAAUGAACAUUUGGGAUUUUCACAUAUCAAAAGAAAAGAAAAGUACAUUUGGCUUUUUAAAGUAUUGAAUUCAUGAAUCAUUUCCUGGGCAAACCUUUACUAGAAAAUCAAUGAGAUUUUAUGAGGCAUCUUAUUCAUGUAUUUCCUUUCAAGAAGUUCAAAGUUAUGUUGUUUCUAAAUAUAAAAAGUGUCAUUGUUCUGGAAACGUGCUUAAAAAGAAGAUGUGAAAAAAGAGUGAACAACCGGUAUUAAAUAAUUUGUUUCUUUAGGGAUCGUUUGAUCGGGUGUAUAAGAAUAGUGUUGAAUAUGGUGUAUUAGUAAUGCUUUUAUAGUUAUGCUUGCAUUAGUUAUGAUGUGAUUAUUUCUUAUGCAGUGUUUGGUUUGGUGUAUUAUAAAUAAUAUGCAUCGCAUAAUUUCUAAAGUAUCCUUCACAAAUAUGGUGGAGAGGAUGUGAAAAAUGGUUUGAGGGACCAUUGUGUCUUUAAUUAUGCUAAAGAGUGUAUUAGUUAUACAUACCUUAAUACCAAAUAGAGUAUAUAAUUAAUGCUUGCAUUAGUUAUACAUAGGUUGAAAAAGUAUACCAAACAAGGUACUAGUAAUACACAAAGCUAAUAAAUGCAUUAUUUCUUCUAAUGCACUUUACCAAAGGACCUCUUAGUGAAUAUACAUUUAUUGAUAGAAUCUACAAUAGGGGACAAGAUAGAGAGAGAGAGACGAGAAGUGGCUGGUGAGAUAAUAUUAACAAAUUUGUGUGAUAUUUCAAAAUUUCCAAGUAAAAAUGAAAUAUUUAAUAUCACAAUUUCCAAGUAAAAAAUGAAAUAUUUAUCUAUUUCAAACAACCAUAAAUGCAUGUAGAAAAUAAAAGAGCAAAGGUGGGGGUUGGAUACUUAAACUCUCAACAACAUUCCUAUAUCAGUCUAUAAAUAAAUGUGGGAUUACGACAGGACAUAGGAUAGAGAACAUUGUUCGUUCUGAUGUCGCAGUCGGUGGAAGAGCAGUCAUCUGACAGUGUUUCUGGCCGCCGAUGCGCAAUAUGUUUCGCCACUCGCCCCUUCAUCCUCCACCUUCUCUUCUACAGAGGUCUCCAACAACAUCUUUGCACCUCCUGUGUACUAGACUCCCACCCUGGUUCUUUCUGUCCCACCUGUUUCGAAGUCUUCCUUCACAACUCUCCUCCCCCUCAUCUCCUUGCCCUAUGCAAAAAAUGCCCUUCUAUCUCACACCUCUCUUGCGUCCCUGAUGUUGCUUUUGCCUCCAAUGAUUACUCGUGCCCUCCUUGUUCUAACCCUAAUUUCACUUUCUUCUGUGUUACUCCCAAUCGUGCUAAUAAUGCCAUUGAAAUUAACCUCCAUUUGGCUAAACAGUUGGUUGCCGCUGCUACAAUUGCUACUGAGUCGAUCCGCAAUGCUGCCGUUAUGGCAAGGUAUAAUGCAGAGAUUAGGGUCAAGGAAGCUUUGGUAGCUAAAGCUGAAGCUGCUGAAGUUUUGAAAAGGUUCAAUAAUCUUUUGAACAACCAUGGUCAUCAGUUUGGUAAUGAUGCGGGGGGGAGCAAGAUACAUGAAGAAGAAGGAUGCUCCUCUCGAUUUCCAAAUGCAGAUGAUGAUACCUUUGUUGAUUAGCUUAAUUAGUUAUCUCUGGAUGCAGAUGAUUAUACCCUUGUUGAUUAGCUUAAUUAGUUACAAUUCUAAAUCAAUGUUAAGGUUUUUCUUGUUCUUUUUAUGUUAUGUAGCUGCUGGUAUCUUGCAACUUCACUCUAUUUUGAAUGCUUGUCUAUUUCAAGGGUUGCUUUUGGCUAAUAAAGGAAUUUGAAUUAUUCAAUCAACUGUAUCUAGCUUCUUGUUUAUGCCUUUCUUUCAUUUUACAUUUUGCCUAUAUGAGUUCCAUUAGUUGCCAUGUUUUGUUCACUGUUGUUUUUCCUAUUCAUUACUAAUUUGUUUUGCUUCACUUGAGCCCCGAGGGUCUUUCAGAAACAACUUCUCUACCUCCAUGAGGUAGGGGUAAGGUGUGCGUACAAUGUACCCUCUCUAGACCCCACUUUGUGGGAUUUCAUUAGGUAUGUCGUUGUUGUUUACCUGGCAAUUGCAACUAUAAACUAGGUCAAUAGAAGUUUUGCGAGUGAUGGGGGAUGUCAAAGACCAAAUAGAUGGAGCAGAAUAUUCAAUGCCAUCUUUCAAACAGGAAGUUGCGUUCACAUUAAGGUUUUUCCUUAUUGUUUAAUAUUUAAAUUGUAAUGCAGAGCUUUGCAUGUAUAUUUGCUAUUUUGUUAUUACAGGAGGGAGUUGUUAAAAUUAAAUAUGGAGGAAUCAUGCCAAAGAAACCACCUUUAAUCUUUGAGGUAGUCGACCAAGUGGCAUUACCAUGUGCUACAUUGCUUGUGCUUGGAAUGUCCGAGUGUUUGGUCAAGUUCUCUCUGUUUUAAGUAACCCAUAUUUGCUGUUAGGAUCAUGUGUGUGCUUAUUUUGAUUCUGCUGAUUGGGAUCUUGGAAAGGUAGUGGUCCACUUUAUAGUCUCACAAUUUUGUUAAGUUGAUGCUUAUAUUAUGGUUAUCACGUAACCCUUAAUAUGGUUCAUGAUCACAACAAGGCAUAGAGAAGCCCAAAGGGCCACUUGAGGCACUUCGGCCAAAGUUGCUGGUAUUACAUCAAUUUCGUUCCAUCUCUUUUCGCCUAGAGUUGUUUUUGAUAACCAUUCUUUGGUCAUUCUGCUGCAAAUUUGAACCCUUAAAGUACAUUGUUUGAUAGGUUGUUUUUUCUUGUGAGUUGGUCAAUGCUAAAAGACAUUAAUUCCUCGGUUAAAGCAAUGAAGUAAUGACAUUGUCUCCUGAAAUUAAUGUUCCAGUACUUGUUUACUGAGGCAUUUGGAUUAAAUACUAGUAGCAAAUUCAAAUAUCAUUUGGAAAUCUUCUUUUAAAGUCCUGAUGCCAUUCCAUUUUGUCUAGCCAAAAGAAGGCCUUGUCUCCAUUCCCUACCUGUACCCUCACGUUAUGAUACUCUUCUUGUCCAAGAUUCGUAGUGCUCGAUGCAGCCACAAGAGAAAGACAAUCUUUGAAUUUCCUAUUGUAAAAAUCAUUCAGAUAAAAAAUUUGCUAUAGCAUGCAGGAACACAUUGUAUGUGAGUAUUUUACUGCAAAAAGUAAAGAAAAGAACAUUUAGUUUUAGAUAGUAAUGCAUGGCAAAACAAUUGUUUCUUUUAAAACACAGA